CUUAAAUGUCAUAAGUUAAAUAUUUUGCGGCAUCUGGUUAUGGGUAUACACGUGAUUAACAAAAUGCUUAUUAAUGAAUUGAAAAAAGAUAAUGUAUAGAAAAUCUAAUGAUUAGAUUAAGGUUUUUUGGCGUAUAAAAUUGGAAGUUUAUUCUUCAGUUCAUAUGAUUAUAUGUUACCGUGUUGCUGUCAUGAGUUAAAAUCCUUUUGCAUUUAUACAAAAAUUUCCAAUUGAUUCAUUGCAGAGAGAAGUUUUCUUACAGCAAGCAUCAAGUAUUCAUGGACACAAGAAAUGAAGCUGCUGUCAGUGUUUCUCAGUUGUGAAACUGAAGAAAAAUUCUUUCAAAGAAAAAGAUGCUUCUGAAUAAAUUAACUAUUGUUUGACGAAAAUUCAGUUUUUUUAAAGGGGAAAAAACGCUUAAGAAAAUGCCUGGCAUUGUUAUGUUCAAAAGACGGUGGCGAAUUGGCAGUGAUGAUUUUGUUUUCCCUGCAUUAGCUGAAUUGGGAAUGAGAUUAAUAUGGUUCACUGUGGUUCUUGUUAUCUUUAUAAAGCACAGAGUCCAUCUAAGAUGCAAAGGUGGAGAAAAACUUCUUCAGACAUACCUGACAUUCUCCCUUGUGGGUUUGGCUGUAAUUAUACUUCUAGAUUCUCUGAUUGCUUGGAUUAGCUCUAGAGGGACCAUUUCUCAGACUCGACCAAGAAGACAUCUUCCUAAAAUUUUAUAUCUUCGAUUACUGGUUAUGAUAAUGGAAGCUGUAUGGAAUGGUUUAGGUACUAAAUGGGCUUUUACAGUACAGGAUCAUCUGUGUGAACCACAGAGAGUGGUUUUGCUCGUCCAGAUCAUAGCAAUUUGUAGUUGGUCCUUGCUUGGAGUUAUGAUUUUUGGUAUGUUAUUAGUUUUUGAUCCUAUUAACAACUACAGAAACAAUGGGUCUGGUCACAGAGUUGCAGAUGUAGAGAGAGGAGAACCACAGCCUCUCUACAUUAAUUUAAAUUCUGCUGGUGUUGAAAAGGCUAAAAAAGUAUGGGAGUGGCAAAUUCGUCUAUUUUGUUGCUGUUGUGGAAAUAGGGAUGAACAAAGCAAGAGUGCCUAUUCAACUAUUUCAAAAUUAUUUACUUAUCAUUUUGAGGAUGUAGAUCUUGUGCCAUCGGAUAUUGCAGCUGGUUUAAUACUUUUACAACAAAAACAAGCAAUGGAAAAUACAAAUAGAGUUUCUACCUCACAGCAUUCUGAAAAUUUUUCAGUGCAGUCACCAGAUUCCUUAACCAGCACUGGGGCUGUUCAGGGAAGUAUUAUAUCCAGUCCUGGUGUCUUCACUCCACCCACUAAUCAGUUUUGGAUGACUCCAGAAAUGGCUCUGCGUUUUAUGAAGUUUGCUCAAGGCAGCUAUGGGUGGCCAAUGUUCCUGUAUUCUAACUGUUUUACUGGCAUGUGCCAAAUUUGGAAAGAUAUUAGAUGCUGUGCUUGUUGCUGUAAACCUCCAAGCUACAUAAUUGAUGACAAUUGUUGCCAGUGCCACACAGCAGCUUUGAAGUAUGUAACAGAUUUAAGCGAUGAAGAUUUGAUUUUCGUGUCCUUCCAUAACAGAGUAUAUGAAAUUCCUUUUUAUGUUGCUGUAGACCACCAAACAUGUUCUGUGGUUGUCUCUAUUCGAGGUACUCUUUCAUUGUCUGAUACUCUGACUGAUCUUACUGCAGAAUGUGAUCGUUUAUUUACUGAUGGCUGUCCUCAAGGUGUUUUCUGUCAUCGAGGUAUGCUGCGAGCAGCAUAUUUUGUCAAAAAUAAGCUUGAGGAGAGUCAUGCUCUGAGUGAUGCUUUUGCACUUCAUCAGAGUUACUCCCUGGCUAUAACAGGCCAUAGUCUUGGGGCCGGGACAGCUGCACUUUUAGCCCUAUUGCUACGACCUAUUUAUCCAAAUCUUCGAUGUUUUGCAUUCAGUCCACCGGGUGGACUGUUAAGCCUGGAAGCUGUGAAAUACUCAGAAGAUUUUGUCAUGUCUGUAACUUUAGGUGAUGAUUUAGUGCCAAGAUUAAGUGUGCCAACAGUAGAAGAUAUGAAGAAAAAGCUACUUAACUGUAUUGUAGAUUGUGAACAACCAAAGAUUAGGGGUCUUCAACCUGUGUUGUAAAGAGAGAAGUAGAGGGCGCUGCUUGGCAG